AUAACCUAUCGCUCAACUUGUUUUGUUUAGUAGAGAGUGGAAAAUGAAUUAGUAUUUUCAGAAAAAACUUGGUCCACUUAGAAAGGGAUUCAUUUAUAUAGCAAAAACUCUACUCUCCUCAAAGAAAAGUGCUAAUGUUUAACUGCUCAACAAUUUUGGAGAGCUAAUUUCUAUCAAUGUUAUAGUCUAUUUUUUAACUGAGACUGGAUCUGAUAUUGAACAGUUUUUCAACUCAUAAAUUCCAGCAAAAUGUCUACGAAUACACAGAAAGAAUAUUUGAAGAAAUAUUUAAGCAUUGGAAAAGAUCCAGCAGAAAAGAAAAAAAAAAAGAAGAAAGCUAAACCGAAUACUGUACCUAGUAGACUGAAAAUCAUUGACGAUAAUGCUGAUACUUUCGAGGAUGCUGUCAAAGAAGAUUUAUUGGAAGAUGAAGAUGCACCUCAAAUUGUUGCUGUUAUAGAUGAAAGACCACCGUCAUUGCAAAUUGAUGAGAAGAGCAAAACUAAUUUGUGGAUACCAAUAGGGAGUAAUAAUGAAAAUUCAACUGAGUCAUCCACCAGUACAUUGAAGAAAAUGGAAAAUAAUGGAGAUCUGUCACCUCCAAGAUUUAAAGCUAAAUUAGUACUUAAGAGGAACCAGAAUAGGGAUAUGUCACCUCCAAGAAAGAAGAGGUCUUCAGAUAUAUCACCUCCAAGAAAGAAGAGUUCUUCAGAUAUAUCACCUCCAAGGAAGAAGAGUUAUUCAGAUAUGUCACCUCCAAGAAAGAAGAGUUCUUCAGAUAUUUCACCUCCAAGGAAGAAGAGUUCUUCAGAUAUAUCACCUCCAAGGAAGAAGAGUUAUUCAGAUAUGUCACCUCCAAGAAAGAAGAGUUCUUCAGAUAUUUCACCUCCAAGGAAGAAGAGUUAUUCAGAUAAACACAAUUCUGGCAAAAAGAGGGAUGAUCUUAUCAAGGACAUAAAAACUGAAUAUGAUAUAUCCCCUUCAAGGAAGGAGGAGAUGCCACCAUCUGUAGAAAGGUUGUUCUAUGACGAAAAUAUCAAAGUCUCAAUGAUUUUUCAAUCUUUUCAGUCUCCAACUUCAUUAAAGAGGCCAGAGAGUGGAGCAGAUGUAUUUUCUCCUGAACGGGUCAUUAAAAGAGAGGAAAAUGAUUCUUCACCACCUAGGAAAAUGCGAAAAACUCUGGAUGGCAAAACUGCAGGUUUGCAGAAUGCCAAACAAUUGGCUGCAGAGACUACCCUGCUGAAGGAGAGAGAAGCAGAAAUGUUUAAAAAAAUGACAGGGGAUAUAUCAAGAGACAACGUCUCCACCAUAGUUCGUGACAAGAAAACAGGUAGAGUAAGAAAUCUCGAAGAAGAAGCAGCUAGAGAACUGGAAAAAAAACAGAGAGAAGAUGUGAGUAAGGAAAAAUAUUCGAGGUGGGGAAGGGGAUUGAAGCAGGUGGAAGAUGCAACGAAAAAAAGAGAGGAAGAAUUGGUAGAGUUCAACAAACCACUUGCGCGAUACGCGAAUGAUGAAGAUUUGGAGAAAUAUCUCAAGGAACAAGAACGAGAGGGCGAUCCCAUGCUUGCUUAUAUCAGAAAAAAGAAGAAAAAGAAGGACGUUGAGGAAGGAAAACCUAUUAAACCUGAGUACAUGGGAGAGUUUAUGCCGAAUCGUUUCGGCAUAAGACCAGGGCAUCGCUGGGAUGGCGUUGACAGGUCUAAUGGUUAUGAAAAGAAAUGGUUCGAAAUCCAGAAUUCGAAAAUGGCUCAACAAGAAGAGGCUUACAAAUGGAGUACUGAGGACAUGUGAAGUGGAUCCAUCUUUUGUAUAUGUGAUGUACAUUAUUUUAUAAUAGAUUAUUAAUUGAC